GAAAGGCCCACAAUUAAUAUAAGUUGUCUAUCCGGGGGGGACAGGUAUACAAAUCUGCCAAAAAAUCUACUUACUAUAUAUUUGCAUAAUGUUUUUACAGCCGAAGCCAGCGAUCAAAGCUUUGAUAUUUUUUUUGGGCUCACAGCGUUCAAUGCUCAGCUCUACAUAAAAGGUCGCAGGUAUACAAGAAUCUUUAAGCAAUUUACUAAAAAUUAG